UCUCACAUUCUUUAAAAAAGAAAAAAAAAUCAUGACACACAUAGACGCUUAUAAAUGUAAGGAAAUCUCAAGCCUUAUAUAGUGAUCUCGAAAAGAGCAAAGAUUAAACACAUUGAACAUGAAGGCAUUCGCUUUACUUGCUCUGGCCUUGUUCGGCUACGUCUCAGCCCAGCCAGGAACCGGAAACAACCUGUUUCAUCUAUAUGCAGGAAGUGACAACUUGAUGCAGAGAAAUGAGUUCGACAGAUUCUGGCUACACUUUGAUGACAACAAGGACGGAGAAGUGUCUAAGCUAGAGUUUGACAGCGGAUGGAGACAAGAAGGUUUUCCCCAUGCUGCCAGUGCCCCACUCUACUUCCUGGAGAUGGACAUAGUCCGUGAUGAGGUUCUCAACUCAUUGGACUUCCCCCACAUCUUCCGUUUGUUUGACGAAGAUGGUAACGGAGUGAUCUCCGAAAGAGAGGCAAGAACUAACGGAGCUGCCUAUUUCUGGUUUAAUGAAUAAGUUGAUACAAUUGAAACUAAAUAGAUUGUUCAAAAUUGUUUACGUUUUGCUACAGCUCUUUUUGUAAAAUAUGAAAAUAAAUAAAAGUUUUGUUUAUUUUUAA